AGAAAAUAAACAAUAAACAAUGCGGUGCCAGUGUGUAGAACAACAACAAAACAAGAACAACCACAACAGGCAGUGUGCAAGUGGAUACCUCUCAAUGGCCGCCACUACAACAACAACAACAACACUAGCAACAACCAUCAAUAUAAGCAACAACCACAACAACAACAACAAUCCCAGCAGCAACAGCAACAACAACAAUCACAUUGUAACGGUACACGCCGUUUUAAACACACCCACCUCCGCAGCAGCAGCAGCAGCAGCGAGCGCUGCAGACGCGGCAACUGUUGCCAUAGCUAAGGACAUGCUGCAGCUUCAUCAUGGCGCCGCUGCAGCGUUAAACAACAAUAACAAUAACAAUAGCAGCGUCGAACUGGCCAGCAACAAUCAAAAUAACAACAACAACAACAAUAACAACAACAUCAACUCAGCAAACCACCCACCUGCCAAUGUAGUCGUAUCGAGUGGCAUCAGCUCCAGCUCCCCGCCGACGAAUGCUUACGGUGUGCUGCGCUUCAAUGAGGACUUGCUCCAUAUAACGGACGAGGUGACCGUCAUUGGACGCAAUUCAUCCACAUCGCUGGUGCACUUCAACGUGGCCGAGAACAAUUUGGUCUCUCGUAAACAUUUCCAGGUGCUCUACGAACCCGAGCGGCGCGCCUUCUUUGUGCAGUGCCUCAGCAAGAAUGGCAUCUUCGUUGAUGACUUUCUGCAGCGGCGCAAUGUGGAUCCACUGCGACUGCCCCAACGCUGCUUCUUUCGAUUUCCGAGCACCGAGAUACGCAUCGAAUUCGAGAGCUUUGUAGCCGCACCGGCGGACAUUACGCCGGAGGUAGCCCCAGUGUUGAGCAGUCCGGCAGCAGUUGGGACGGCGGGCGCUCAUGUUAUUAUAACUCCACCGCCACGUGACGAACUGCACUCGCUGCAGGCGUCGCAUCAUCACAGCCAGCAGCAGCAGCAGCCAGCGCAUCACUUGCAGCAGCAGCAGCAGCAGGCACAGCAACAACAACAACCGCUGCCGCCGCAUCACCCACUCCCACACACACCACACCACCCGCUUCACCACACAACUCUGCAGCAGCAGCAGCGCCUACCAGGAGCACCGCCCACAGCAUCCCAACUGUUGACAACCGGCGCUGAUGGAGCUGCCAUCUACUCACCGCUUAAGAUUUCAAUACCCAAGAAGGAGCAAAAGAGCCCCUAUCUAUCGCCAACCGGUACAAUCAGCGCUGCCAAUAGUUGUCCGGCUAGUCCUCGUCAGGGUUUUCAUCAGAAUCAAACCAACAGCUACAACAAUUAUAGCAACAACAACACGCAGGAUCUAUUCCAGACACCGUCUACCGCCAGUUAUAACCACAAUGAGAAGCCGCCGUAUAGCUACGCUCAGCUGAUUGUCCAAGCCAUAUCUGCCGCUCCGGACAAGCAGCUGACACUCUCGGGCAUUUAUUCGUUCAUUGUCAAGCAUUAUCCCUACUACCGCAAGGAGACAAACAAGGGCUGGCAGAAUUCCAUACGACAUAAUCUCAGUUUAAAUAGGUAUUUCAUCAAGGUUGCGCGCUCGCAGGAUGAGCCCGGCAAGGGCUCCUUCUGGCGCAUCGAUCCGGACAGCGGCGCCAAGUUGAUCGAUCACAGUUACAAGAAGCGUCGCCAGCGCAGCAGUCAGGGCUUCCGUCCGCCCUACGGCAUGCCGCGCUCGGCGCCCGUCUCGCCCAGUCAUAUGGAUAACUCACGCGAGAGCUCGCCGCUUCAGGACAUUGUGCUGCAAUCGGCGCCCGGCUCACCGGGCAUGUCACUCGAGCAGCGUGCCGCCGAUGCUGAAAUCAUCUACAACUCUCAAAAUGCACACCAGCAACAGCAACAGCAGCAGCAACAACAACAGCAACAGCCGCCACAGACGAUGGCCAAUAAUUCCAAUCAAUUCAAUAGCGGCAGUCCGUACUAUGUAACCAAUCAAAAUGCCGGCGUCAGUGUGCAGCAGGCGCAUGUGGAUGGGGUUGGCGGAGGCGCAGCCGGAGGAGUUGGCGCUUUGAUUGCGCUUAAGCGAAAUCAUGUAAUGGCCGUGUCGCAUCCGGCGCCGGCGCCGCCAACGCUAAAUCAGCAGCAGACGCAACAGCAGCCGCAGCAGCAUCCUGAGAUUAUAUACGAAGAGCUGCCGACCGAUUAUAGCGGUCACAUUGAGGCGGCGGGCGAGGAGGAGUGCGUCUCAGCGGAUGCCACCGCGGCCAAGCGUCCCAAGUACGUCUCCGAGGUGCUCUGAUGCGUACGCAUACAGAAGCAGAAACACAACAAAGGCAAAUAAUAAUACGCAGAGAAAGAAUCGCAGCUGUUGGAGCUGCAACCGCAGCAGCGUCAACGUCGCCGACGACGACGGAGGCGGAGGUGGAGGCGGCGGCGAGCAGAUGAAGAAACUCAGAACCGUUAGAGAAAGCAAGCAAGAAAUGCAAAACAAAGCCCACUUUAAGCAAAUUUCUAGAAAGCAACAAAAAAAAAAAACUAAAACUAAAACAAAAACAAGAAGAAAAAGUAUCUCCAUCUUGUAUAUUGAAUUUGCCAAUCCCGAACAUCAAGCGAGAAUCCAAGCGGAAGCCCCAACAAAAAUUGAUACGAAAAUGUUUAUAAAUAGAACUGUGAAAUUGUGUUGUUUUAAGGUGUUGACCGUACAACGGUUAAACGGCAUGCAAACACUUUCAAAAAAAAAAAGAAAGCCCCCAUAUUUACGACUUAACCCUUAGCUCUGACGAAUUCAAUAUGCUCGAUGACGCUACUCUCUAAGUACAUAUAAUAAAUAUUAAGAUUUAAAUCGAAGUAAUGCAAAAAUAACACAAAAA